AUGGGUUACUAUCUUACUGAUGGCAUAUACCCGAGGUGGUCAACAUUCAUCCCAGCAAUAAAGCUCCCCCAAACCCCCAAACAAGGAUUAUUCACACAACAUCAAGAAGCUGUUAGAAAAGAUGUAGAGCGUGCAUUCGGGGUAUUGCAAGCUAGAUUUGCAAUCAUACGCAAACCCGGUCUAGCAUGGGAUAAGGACAUACUGUGGAAAUUAAUCAUGGCAUGUAUCAUCAUGCACAAUAUGAUUGUUGAAGAUGAGCAUGAUACUUAUCAAAAUUACCGAGAUCCGAACGAAUAUGAUCAACUUCAAACUCAAAAUAACGAGGGGUCAUCUAACCAAGCCGGAGGAGACUCAUUCGUUGUGCACAACGGAAGACUUGAGGCACGAAAUUCAGGUGCCUACACGAAGAUUAUGAUCUGA